UUAGAAUUUCAGCUGGCGCCCCGAGCAGUCAUCACGCAUUCAUAGAAGAAGUUAGUUUUAGGGAAUCAGUGAUUUCAAUGUGAAACAAUAAUUCUAUAAAGUGUUUACAUAUAUUAAUGUUUGUAGGCCUAGUCUAUUUAAAUUGAUAGUUAACAAAGAAGAAGUAAUUUCAAUUCAUAUUUUGUUUCUAGAAAAUAGGGUGUCUUUAAUCUAAUUAGUGAGUUGAGAAAUCGUCUUAUUUAAAAAUUAAAAUUGAACUUGAUUAUGUUAUUUUGAUAAGUACUAAUACUUGUUUAAAUGCUGAAUUAAAAUGUUAUUGAAAACGAUGGGUAUAGUGAAAUACUCUAACCACAAACGGUACAGAUGAAGUAGUUUUUGUUUUGAAGCUCGAUGUCAAGAGUAGUUACAGUGUAAAAGGAAAACUUUUCACUAAUUUCUCAUGUUAGCAAACGUACCGUUGUUCGUACGUCUAUCUUGAUGCUCAACAAAGCCGAACCCUAAAUACAAAAGCCAAGGAAUUACUGUAUAUUAAUUUUCAAUUUAAAACAUGGAAAAGUUACACGAAUAUCAAGGGUUGGCUGGAAGGUUUCAUGAUUUCAAAGAUGCAAUACGCGCGAAACAAGCUGUUUGGAGAGAAGAACGGCCGGGUGGGCUUGCUCAGUACAUAAGAAAUAUCGUUAAGCCAUCGAAUGAGCAACAGGCGAAUCUGAACACAAACGCAUCAUGGGGCGAGGAAAAUGUAGAUUUUUCACAUAUAUAUCGCAAAAAAACUCCCUUGGAACUAAUUCGAGUUUCAGCCGCUGUAAUGGGCAUAGAAUUUUCAUACGCCGCUGAAACUGCCUUUGUUUCACCAACGCUGUUGAAAAUUGGAGUUCAACAUCGCCAUAUGACCUUAGUAUGGUGCUUAUCUCCACUAGUAGGAUUUUUUCUAACGCCUCUACUUGGGUCAUUGAGUGAUCGCUGUAGGAGUAAAUUCGGAAGGCGAAGGCCUUUCAUCUGGUUCUUAUCAAUAGGCGUAUUGCUAGGAUUAAUGCUUGUUCCAAACGGAGAAGAUCUCGGAUAUGCAUUUGGAGAUAUGAACCCAUCUUCAAACAGAACUCUACAAUCAACUCAAAGCAUUCUGGCACAUCGUUCAACAGCCCAAGAAACGAUUUACCAAACCGCAAUUACGUCAGAUGAGUCAAGUGUAAGAACAAGUCAUCCAUGGGGAAUAUUUUUUACAAUACUUGGCACAGUACUACUUGAUUUCGAUGCCGAUGCAUGCCAAAGUCCUUCUAGAGCAUAUUUGCUGGAUGUCACCAUUCCCGAGGACCAUGCACGUGGACUAUCAACCUUCACAGUAAUGGCCGGACUGGGUGGAUUUAUGGGAUACUCUUUGGGAGGAUUUAAUUGGGAUGCAACAGCUUUAGGAAAAGCUUUCGGUGGGCAUGUGAGGGCAGUGUUCUCACUAAUUACAAUCAUAUUUAUUGUCUGUGUUGGUUGCACUAUUACCAGUUUCAACGAAAUACCACUUUGGAUAUUGGAAGAAGAAAUAGAGAAACAGGAUUUGUCACAUCUAAAAAAGCCGAGCCAUGAAGAAGAUUCUCUCGAAAAUCCCGAAACAACAAACUAUGGCUCUGUUGAAGAGGAAAGAACUCAUUCGAAUGUAAGCAAACCUCAAAGAACUGUAACAGCUACCAAUACUGGAUUUAAACAAGAUUACGAUACCUUACCAGGAGAAAAUUGUGCCGAAACUUCAUUCACCCAUGAUGAUGACGAAGCUGGGAAUACUGAAACGAACACCGUUCCACCCAAGAACACGAUAACUCUGGAAACGUACCUUAGAUCUAUCCUCUUUAUGCCAUAUUCUCUGCGGAUGGUAUGUCUCACUAACCUGUUCUGUUGGAUGGCACAUGUGUGUUAUUCACUUUACUUUACCGAUUUUGUCGGUGAAUCGGUUUUUCGUGGCAACCCUAAGGCGAUCGAAGGUUCUGACGAAUAUUUGCGCUACGAAGCAGGUGUGCGCUUUGGAUGCUGGGGAAUGGCAAUGUACUCUUUGUCAUGUGCAUGUUACUCUUUGGUGAUCGAAAAACUCAUAAAAAGAUUCAAAGCACGCAAGGUUUAUGUAGGUGGUUUACUUUUUUACUGCACCGGGAUGACGUUGAUGGCUUUGACGAAAAAUCGAGUUGGUGUUAUCAUGUUUAGCUGGACUGCUGGUGUAAUGUAUUCAACAUUAUUUACAAUGCCAUAUUUGUUAAUAGCACACUAUCAUUCCGAAGGAAUCUUUGCAAAUUACGCUUCAGAUCAUGAUCAACAGGAAAAGGUCGUCAGAGGGCUUGGAACUGAUGUAGCUAUUGUUAGUAGCAUGGUAUUUUUAGCCCAGUUCAUUUUAUCAAUAUGUAUGGGGUCAAUUGUUUCGUGGACUGGAACAACUACAGCAGUGGUUAGUGUGGCAGCAUUCUUAAGUUUUUGUGGAGCAAUUUCAGCCACUCAAGUGAUGUAUCUCGAUUUAUAGUUUUAAAACAUGUUUCGGAUUAAAAUGAAAAAUGCAUCGUAAAAAGUAAUUAUAAUAUAUAAAUAUAAAUAAACUAAAUAAAGUCAUGAGACAUAGAAUUCA